UUCGACAAAUAUUAUAGGCCAGCGAUAAGAUGUUCCAAUUUACAAGUCAAGAUAUUUAGUACUUACUUUUUAUCUUGAAUUUGAAACAUAAGCAUGGGUUUUCUGUCGGCUUUUUAUUUAAUUCUUUUGGCUGGUUAUCAUACAAAUAACUCGAAUGCAUUGAAGUUUUCACGUGCUUCUAAGAGAUUAACCAUCGAACUGUUGAUAGUUGCAGACUACAGCGCAUUUAACAAAUGGUACAAACUUACCUCAUCCUCUGACUCGCACUCACACCGUGUAAACGAGGCAAAGCAGAAAUUGACAGAAUAUAUUGGAACACUUGUACACUCAAGCAACAAUGUUUACAAGAGCCUUGAAUCCCACAACAUUUACAUCAGUAUCAAACUAGUUGAUGUCCUCGUUAUGACAUCAGCUUCUGAUUCGCCCUGGACCGAGACAGUAAAAGUGAAUGCAGAAUCAGAAUAUACUGUCGAUCCGAGGAAAGCGCUGCCUAUCUUUCAACCUAAAUCGGUGGAUCUACAGCGAACGAUUCCUCACGACCAUGCUAUGAUCUUUACACUGUAUCCUUUGGCUCACAGAGGAGGUUCAACAUUUUCCGGAUAUGCUUACACGGAAGCAGAAUGCAAACAGAAAAGUGUAUCUAUAGUACAAGACAAUGAGGACUUUUACACGGCCCAACUGAUGGCACAUGAAAUCGGUCACAGUCUUGGUUGCGACCAUGAUGGCGACGGCAAUUCGUGCCCCGUAGGUGCUGGCUACGCAAUGGAAGCAAAUUUUAAACUGGCCAACAAAAAUAAAUGGAUAUUCUCCUCAUGUUCAGUGACGGCCAUCAGGAAUUACUUGCACAAUCUGGACUCGCACAAUAACAACUGUUUGAAGACUAUUGACGAUAACCAUCCUGAUACUCAAUUGACCACGGCGGCACAUCAGUGGUAUGGUCAGGUGUAUACUUUAGACCAGCAGUGUCAGAUCAAUGAUGGUUCAAAUUCGUAUCUGUGCAGGGGUCAGUAUCGAGGUGACUAUACCAGUGUGUGUUUGAAAAUGUUCUGCUAUGAUCCAACAGAUCAGAGUUGUUACUAUAUUGACGGAGGCGAUGGAACUCCUUGCGGUACAGGAAAGUGGUGUAUGUCCAAUGAGUGUGUCAGCAAUUCCGCAAGUCAAUUGCAAAACGUCGUUGAUUCCUGUGUUGCCGGUGACAGCCCUGGUGUUGUUUACCAUGGGAGAACAUGCAAGGAAAUAGGGCAAAGCCACCAUAGUGAUUGCAGACAUAGCUCAGUAAAAGCCAAGUGUUGCCAUACAUGUAGAACUGAUGCUUCUAUUGUAGGUUAAAUAAAAUACAUUGCAAGAA